AAAUGAAAGGUGAAAGAGUCUAUAGGGCAUUAAUAAAGGAGUAAAUGAAGUAACUCGGAUGACCAUGGUGAGCACGGCAGAAGCUCUCUAGAGAGAGCCAUGGUUCUCGGCGCUAGAUUUGGGCCAAGAAAACCAAAUAUCUAUCCAAAAUCUAGGCUUUUCGCAAGCCUCUUCAUCACAAUUCCUUCCAUCCAAUAUCCAAAACCUUCUCCUUUCCUUUCUCAAAAUUCUUACAGAAGAAGGGAGGUGUAGUUUAGGUUGUGGUUGGAUUCUGGAUUGGCACCAAUGCGGCACUUCUCGUCCUUGUUUAAUGGAUUGGCGAAGUCUCUGUAUUCAGGAAGAGGGAAGCUUUCGGGGAUUGAUUGCGGGAGGGAGGCGGUGGAUGAGCUCGCGAGGGAGGCGAAGAAGAAUGACAUGAUUCUGAAGUCUUCAGGCACGGUGAGAGGCGAGGGAUCGAACAGCUUCGUGUCGGUGUUCUCGCGGAGAGGGGAGAAGGGAGUAAAUCAGGAUUGUUCUGUUGUGUGGGAGGAAUUUGGAUGCCAAGAAGACAUGAUCUUUUGUGGCAUAUUUGAUGGUCAUGGUCCUUGGGGGCAUUAUGUGGCGAAAGCAGUUCGAAAAUCCCUUCCUCCAUCUCUACUUUGUGACUGGCAGGAGGCUCUUGCUCUGGCUGCUCUGGUAGCUGAUAAGAAGCUUUGUCAGUUUGACAUUUGGAAGCAAUCCUAUCUUAGAACUUGUGCUACUGUAGACAAGGAACUCGAGCAGCAUCGCAAGCUGGAUUCCUUCCAUAGCGGAACCACUUCAUUGACAAUAGUCAAACAAGGUGAAUUCAUGGUAAUUGCAAAUGUUGGUGAUUCUCGUGCUGUGUUGGCGACAACUUCAGAAGAUGGCAGCUUGGUUCCUGUGCAGCUUACUGUUGAUUCUAAGCCAAAUUUGCCUCAAGAGGCUGAACGCAUAACUCGGUGCAAUGGCCGUGUAUUUUGCUUGCCUGAUGAACCCGGUGUACAUAGGGUAUGGUUGCCAAAUGAUGAAACACCAGGACUGGCGAUGUCAAGAGCAUUUGGAGACUAUUGUAUUAAAGAUUAUGGGUUGAUUUCUGUGCCUGAAGUGUCUCAAAGGACAAUAACCAACCGAGAUCAGUUUAUUGUGCUUGCAACAGAUGGGGUUUGGGAUGUUAUUUCCAACCAAGAAGCUGUGCAGAUAGUGUCCUCAACCAAGGAAAGAGGAAAAUCAGCAAAAAGGCUUGUGGAGUGUGCUGUUAGUGCAUGGAAGCGCAAGAGGAGAGGAAUAGCAGUUGAUGACUGUUCAGCUAUAUGUCUCUUCUUUGAUUCUUCACCACCCUCAGUAUGUUGAUCCUCUGCUAGCAUCUGAUACAAAGCAUUACGAAGAUCCAUUCCAUAGGUUGCUAUUUUUCAUUCUAAUCACUCUUCACCUCUCUGCUGCUAAAAUUCAUGUUACCAUGUAUACUAUUCGGAGGAAGCCUAUGAUGAAUUUCUUCUGUCAUCCAUGCUGUUAAGCAUCACAGGAUUUCAUCCUUUGUUCUUGUGUCUCAAGUACACCACUCUGCGAUGAAAAUCCUGGAUGGAUAAUAUAGUACAGAUAGAGUCAAUUUUAGAUGCUUGAUGUCAACUCGUGUUCAACUUAUCAUCUUGUUUAUGCUACGAGUCUUUUACAUAGAAUGCAGUCGAAAGCCUAGGGACUUCAAUGGCAGUCUCAUGCCCUUAUUCUUUAUUUUGCUUUUCCUUGUUUGUAAUGCUAGGGCCUGAUCAAUGCCCAUAGCUCACUUGGUACAUUCUCAUAGUUUCACUAAAAGC